UAAACCAUAGGAGAAAGGAUACUGAAUGAGGGGAAGAAAAAAGUCCAAAGGAAAUACCAAUACAGUCAGACUCUCGUAGAUCAGCUCUCAUCUCGCGAGAGGAUAUUGCACCCAAAAAAUUAUGGACGUCGGUGGAAACGGUGGUGGGCUUCCUCUAAACAAUAAACAGAGAGCUAUGCUGCCGAACAAAAGCAGGGGAGAAUUUACCCGCAACCCAAGAAAAGAUUCAGAGGGGCUGUCUGAGUCUCCAGACCUCGAGUUUGAAUAUGCUGAUACAGACAAGUGGGCUGCAGAGUUAUCAGAGCUGUACAGUUACACUGAAGGACCAGAGUUCGCUCUAAACAGGAAGUGCUUCGAGGUGGAAUUCAGAGCACAUGUUUCUGAUAAGAAGUGGACAGAGCUCGAUGCAGCUCAGCACAGAGCUCAUGCCAUGCGUCUGUUGGACAGUCUGGAGGUGACUGCCCGCGAGAAAAGACUGAAAGUUGCCCGAGCUAUUCUUUACAUGGCUCAAGGAACCUUUGCAGAGUGCAGCUCUGAGGCUGAGGUGCAGCACUGGAUGAGAUACAACAUCUUUCUGCUGCUGGACGUGGGGACCUUCUCUGCUCUGGUGGAACUGCUCAACAUGGAGAUUGAUAACAGUGCUGCCUGUAGCAGCGCUGUCAGAAAACCAGCCAUCUCCCUUGCUGACAGCACAGAUCUCAGAGUGCUGCUUAACAUAAUGUACCUGAUGGUGGAAACAAUACAACAGGAUGACCCAGCUGACAAGCCCGAAUGGAAAAUUAUCAGGGAAACCUUCAGAGCAGAACUGGGAUCUCCUCUGUUCAACAACGAGCCCAUCUCCGUCAUGCUCUUCAGUAUGGUUACCAAGUUCUGCAGCGGUCAUGCCCCUCACUUCCCAAUGAAGAAGGUGUUAUUGCUGUUGUGGAAGAGUAUCCUGUUCACACUCGGAGGGUUUGAGCAGCUCCAAAGUAUAAAGGUUCGUAAGCGUGAGGAGGCGGGUCUUCCCCCUCUCCCGGAGGACAGCAUACGAGUCAUUCGCAGUAUGAGGGCCGCUUCUCCUCCUGCAUCUGCAUCUGAUCUCAUAGAGCAGCAGCAAAAACGGGCGCGCCGUGAACACAAGGCGCUGAUCAAACAGGACAACCUUGACGCCUUCAAUGAAAAAGAUCCUUACAAGGCCGAUGAUUCUCGUGAGGAUGAGGAUGACAAUGACGACAAUGACAACUCUAUCGAGGCAGAGACUUUCCCCUUAGAGAGGGACGAGGUGAUGCCUCCGCCCAUUCCUCACCCUCCGUCAGAGAGGGUGUCUUUCCCCAAAGGAUUGCCGUGGGCUCCUAAAGUCAGGGAAAAGGACAUUGAAAAUUUCCUGGAAUCGAGUAGAAGUAAAUUUAUUGGUUACACACUUGGAAAUGAUACAGAUACAGUCGUUGGUUUGCCCAGGCCAAUUCAUGAAAGCAUAAAGACUUUAAAGCAGCACAAGUAUGUCUCAAUUGCUGAGAUACAGAUUGCAAAGGAGGAGGAGUUUCAGAAAACACCUCUGUCUGGGGGUGAAGAAGAGGUGGAGCUGUCCUCCACUGAGCUGCUCUAUCAGGGAAUUCUGCCCAGUUUGCCUCAAUAUAUGAUCGCUCUGCUGAAGAUCCUGCUCGCAGCUGCUCCGACCUCCAAAGCCAAGACAGACUCCAUCAACAUCCUGGCUGACGUGCUGCCUGAGGAGAUGCCGACCACAGUGCUGCAGAGCAUGAAACUUGGCGUUGAUGUCAAUCGACACAAAGAGAUUAUUGUUAAGGCCAUCUCUGCCAUCCUGCUGCUGCUUCUGAAACACUUCAAACUUAACCACAUCUACCAGUUUGAGUACAUGGCUCAACACCUGGUGUUUGCCAACUGCAUUCCCCUCAUUCUGAAGUUCUUCAACCAGAACAUCAUGUCUUACAUCACAGCUAAAAACAGCAUUUCAGUACUUGAUUUUCCCUACUGUGUGGUCCACGAGCUCCCAGAGUUAACUGCUGAGAGUUUGGAAGCAGGAGACAACAAUCAGUUUUGCUGGAGGAAUCUGUUUUCCUGUAUUAAUCUGCUGAGAAUCCUCAACAAACUGACCAAGUGGAAGCAUUCCAGAACGAUGAUGCUAGUGGUGUUUAAGUCCGCUCCUAUCCUGAAGAGGGCGCUGAAGGUCAAACAAGCCAUGAUGCAGUUGUAUGUCCUCAAGCUGCUCAAAGUGCAGACCAAAUACCUGGGACGCCAGUGGAGGAAGAGCAACAUGAAGACCAUGUCUGCCAUCUACCAGAAGGUCCGACAUCGGCUCAACGAUGACUGGGCAUAUGGAAACGAUCUGGAUGCUCGUCCCUGGGACUUCCAGGCCGAGGAAUGUGCUCUGAGGGCCAACAUUGAACGUUUCAACAGUCGCCGCUACGACAAGAGCCACAGCAACCCGGACUUCCUGCCUGUGGACAACUGCCUGCAAAGCGUACUGGGACAGCGGGUGGACCUGCCCGAGGACUUCCAAAUGAACUACGACCUCUGGCUGGAGCGAGAGGUCUUCUCCAAACCGAUUUCGUGGGAAGAGCUGCUACAGUGAGAAACAGCAACUGUCAAUGUAUCAUACGGGAGUCAAUCAGGAGUUCAGACAAACCACCAACAGUGCUCUCACCGAUCGACUGCAGAUCACAGCAUUAUGUUACAUGUUCCCUACAGACUGAAGGUGACGGAUGGAUUUCAGUCUCAGCUGUCACCCGAGUGUAGGCUUUGAAUCAUCACGCCAACCAAAUGCUUUAUGCAACAAAUUAUUGAGACUUUUCCCACACUAAUGCCACAUAGUUUUUUAAUAAAAUGGCUGAAAAAGUGCUAAAUCUUGCUCCAAAUGCGGACUUAAACCCAACCCCUACCUUUUACAUAUACAGGUAUUUGCUUUGUGUGCCUCUUAUCUGUUACAGAAGGUCAGGAAGUCCGACCUUGAAGCAUUACAUGACAGUGUGUUCACUCUUAAUUUUAAAAAAGAAAUUUAUAUGAAAUAAAUUUUAUACCUUAACUGUUCCUCAGACGGAGGAGUGUGCGCUUUGUUGAGGCAGGGCUCAGCUCAUUUAAAACGUUAAUAAAUAGAAUAUCCUUAGUACAUCUCAUGAGUUUACCUUCUUAAGAGAGAUGAAACAAAUCAUUUCUUUAUGUUCAAAUAAAAUCAAUACAUUUUCAUAGUUAGUACCUGAAAGGGAUAAACCUCUGUUCACCCGUCUUACCCUUUGUUGUUUUGCUGUAUUUGCGUAUGAGUUUUAUUAGCAUUAAUUUGGGUUUCUCACCGGAGUGCAGCCUACACAUCUUUCCUCUGGGACCAUGGAGGCAACUACGAUUUUCAGAUUUUAUCUGACCACGCUUCUGAAUGAUGAUACAGCCGGCUUUUUUCUUUUUUUAACAAAAAGGUUUUCACUCAAGAAUGAUGUGGGUAUGAAAGAGACAUUGAAGUUUUUGGUUUGAGAUAUGUGGUUCACUCAUCAGAUGGCUGUUUUAAACUGAAGGGGAUAAUUUAAUUGCCAGUUAAAGAACUGAUUUCCUCUGUCUUUUACUUUUCAACUUUUUUUUUUACAAAGAAAAAUGAGAAUACAUGUAAAUUGUGAAACUUAUUUAUCAUUUGUUUUUGUUUUACUUGUUGACUCAAAUACUGUAAUAAAAUUAUACUGUCAUUUA